AUGGCCGGCGGGCUCGAGAAACGUAGGCUCGGUGCAGCCGCCUCCACCCCCGCCUCCUGGCGUCGUCGGAGCGAGGGGCUUGUGUCGAGCCUACGAGAAACGUGCAAGCCCGAGGGAAUCACGACAUUCUUCAAGCGCGCCGUUUUUUCCAGCGUCCAAAAUUUGAUGUCUCUAUCGUCUCGUCUUCCACGACUCGUAUCCCGUUCGCCCUCUCGCUCGGUUCUUCUCAAUUCCCAGCCUCCCAAGACAUAUACAAAAAUGGAAGACGGCCAGAAAGUCCUCGUCGGUUGCAUCGGUGGCUCUGGGUUGUACAACCUCGACAACUUGACUCCUGUCAAGACCCUCGAUAUCACCACCCCCUGGGGCAAGCCUUCUUCUCCCGUCACCAUCUCCUCUCUCCCCACCGGCGAGCUCAUCGCCUUUAUCUCUCGUCAUGGAACUGCACACACCAUCACCCCCACCGAGGUCCCCGCGCGCGCCAACAUUGCCGCUCUCAAGCACAUUGGUGUCGAGGCCAUCAUUGCCUUCUCUGCCGUCGGCUCUCUGAGGGAGGAGAUUGCCCCGGGAGACUUUGUCAUUCCUAACCAGAUCAUUGACAGGACCAAGGGUAUCAGGGAGGACACCUUCUUCAGGGGUGAGGGGCUCGUCGUUCACUCUAUGUUUGGGGAGCCAUUCAGUGAGAAGCUCAAUGCGUUCGUGGCGCCCCGAGUGGACAAGAUCUUGAAGGCGCAGGGCGAGAUCAAGUUGCACACUGAAAAGACUGUUGUGUGUAUGGAGGGCCCUGCGUUCUCUACCCGAGCCGAGUCCCUCAUGUACCGUCAAUGGGGCGGCGACAUCAUCAACAUGUCUGUCAUCCCCGAGGCCAAGCUCGCCCGUGAAUGUGAACUCGACUACACCCUUAUCUGCACUUCCACCGACUUUGACGCCUGGCGAACCGGUCACGACCCCGUCACAGUUGAAGAGGUUGUCAAGACGCUUCACACCAACGCCGGCAACUCGCGAGCUGUCGCUGCUGGCAUUCUCCAGGAGGUACACGCGCUUGUCAGCGAGCGCAAGGUCCUGACUGAUAUCAAGGGGAGCAUGAAGUUUGCUUGUGUCACCAGGGCUGAUGUGCAACCUGUUGAGUCCAGGAAGAAACUCUCUUACAUCUUGCCUUACUUCUCCGACUAG